GCUUCUUUCGUGUCGCUGCAAAUGAAGAUGAAGACUCAAGUCCCACGUGGUCAUGCGCCACGCCACGCGACCACGCGGCACAGAAGAAGAAUUCCAAGAAGGCGGAAGGUCGUCGCUGGCACUGGCUGUUCUCGAAUCACCCGGCACCAAACCAAACCAAACUGGCUCCGAACGUUCUCGGCCCUCUGCUGCAGAACGCGACUGAUCUGCACGCCAGCGAUCACCGCGCAGUGGUCCGUACUUCCGCGGAGGCCGUGCCGCGCCACGCCACGCCGUAAGCGACGCUUUCCAACAUCGAUAGCGACGUCCCUGUCGCAAGUCGGCUUCUCCUCCCGCGCUUUCGCUGCUGGUUGCUGGUCGAGCUGUCCAGUCCUCCAGGCUGGUCGCGCCACGUGCGGCGAUCGUCCCGAGAAAGAACCGGCCUGCAGCUCCUCGAGCAUCGCGAGUCGGCCGCACCUGCAGCUCCAGUCCCAGCAGCGGAAGCGGUUUCAAGGAGUUGGACGACGCGAGCUUCGCGGGGGCGCACCGUAGUAGCCCCGCCACGAUGACGACCGUCGUCCGUUCUGGAGACGACGACGACGACGACGAGAGUGGGGCGCCUCCGACAGCCCGUUCUGCAACGGUGCCGCAUCGGCGACCGCCGAGCGCCGACAGAAUGGAGUUCGCCACGCCGUGCACUACUCCUGCGCGACAGAGAACCUUGGCUGGCCGGUGCAGCGCCAACGGCUUGCGUAGUCCCGGAAACCGCCGCCGCAAAAAUACACUGGCCGAGGAAUCGUCCGAAAGCGAAGCGGAGGCCAUUUCAGAGCGCCACUCGAAAUGGGUCACAUUCGCGAAUCCGUGCGUCCUAUCUAGGGCGCCGGUGACGAUUUCGCCUGAAGACGAACAAGGUGGCAGGGACUGCGGUUUUGAAAAGAGUGGCUUGUUAGAAGACACAACAACGCCUUGUCUCGGGCUUGCAGAGAGCGGCGCCAGGGAAGGCUCAGAUUCACAUCAACUAAGCGAGGGACGCUCCGAGCGUCUACUGGACAUCAGUGGCCUGAUCGAGGCCACAAGCGCGCAGUUCGAAUGCGUCGGAAAUAGCGAAAGCUGCUGGACGCCCCUAAACCUUGGCAAAGGCCAACCGCGGCAAGUACCCUUAGAAGAAAAGGUGACCGCGUGGGACCGCUGCCAAGAAGACAGGUACGCUCUGUCGCCGCCUGGCGAACUCGAGCUAUUUGAACUCGACGCACUCUAUCCGAGCCACCCGAGACAACCUUCGGAGGCUACGCGUAGGAUGCAGACGCGCAGUUCGCUGCGCAGUUCUUCGCGCAUGUCGACUCUACGGGUUCAGCGGUUCAAGAAGCCAUUGCCAACAAGGCCGCUGGCUGCAAACUUGUACGAAGACCUGCGGUGGAUCGUUGAAUCAUCCGAGAAGUCGGCUGGACCACCUCUCCGCGCCGAACGCGUUACUUCCACCGACGUUGAAACGAUGAGCGCCCAACCGCAAGUUUCGAUCGGUCCACCUCCUGCCGCAUCUGCCGAGUGGCGAUCUAAAGAAGUGUUUGCAGCCACCGGCAAAGCGUCAUCGGUCGUGCUGCGUGCGCCGUCUCCUUCGAGCAGCCGUCCAAGAAAUGAGAUGCAUCAAGACUACGGCCAGCUGCGUAGCGGUGCGGGGUGGUCCAUGGCGCUGCAUCUACUUGGUAAGAAUAUUCCAGAGGAUGUACGUGGCGUCCCCGAUCACGAGUGCAGCUCAUCAGCAGCACCACCACCAGACGGCUCCGGCAAGCGCACGCCUGCAGUCGCUUCUUCCGUUAAAGUGGCUCCUGACCCGGUACGACUGGGAACACAGAAGGACGAAGCCGAGGAAGGCGUCGUGAGGAGCAGCGAACCGGCCGAACAGGAACCUGCGGCUCGGGAAGAGAACCACCCGCACCAUAGACGCGACAUGCGGCGCAAGAAGCGACAUGUGACGCAAGAAGCUUUUGAAGCUCAAGAAGAAAGAGCGGGAGCUUUCUGCGCACUUCGCGCGCAGCGAGGCGGCUGUGUGUUCACCGGGGCGGCAAAGGGACCGCUCCGAAGGGGCCACUUCUCGCUGUCGGUCGGUCUCUGCUUCCAACUGCCGAGGCACUAACGUCGAGGGACAGUCCGGCUACACCAGUAACGAGGAAACCCACCUCGACAGCGGCACCAUCAGCAUAUGCAUCAGAAAGUCGACGCCGACCAGGUCGAGCAUGGUGUGGCCCUUCGACACCUCGCGUGAUACCUAGCCGACUCAGGUGCCGUGAAGCUGCAAAAUAGGCAGCCUGCUAUUUUCCGGCAAUGCCUAACAAAAGAUACCAUGUCUUAUUUUACGAAAUAGCCUCACUAAUGUACCAGUUAGGUACGUAUCGAAUACAUCUAUUUAAAUGUGCCGCAUACGGAGCAUAGGACCCAUUUACCGGAACGUUAAUUCACGUGGAAAUUUGCAAUGCGUUUUUUACCUUUCGAGCUGUAACGCUAUAGGCUGCUUACAGGCGUAUGUUUGCAGACGAGGUAACGAGCUGCCAAAACCAGGCGCAUGUGUUCCUAGGAAGUGACGAGCGAGCGCGACGCACGAAGCCGCCUACAGCUCUUCGUUGUGUACUCCGGGUGCGUGUAUGGGCGGCUGAGUGGCGGGGAAACGCGAUCUGUUAUGCCGCGUUGAGCCUUCUUGCGCGUACACCCGUAGUAAAUCGAAAACUUUCUCUGUGUGCCAAGGCUAGAAUCACUGUAUAGGCUACCUUUAGGGACCCCAAGUGUAGCCUGUUCAUAAACUCUAGCCAAGACCUGGGAAGCGCGCGCAUUGCGUUGCGGUGUGUUUGGGGGUUUUUUCGCAUGUCGCAAUUGAGAUUUUGAGCCCACUUGUGGAUAUUCGUGACGUAAAUGGGAGAAUGCAGUGAAACCAACAUUUUCAUUUACGGCGUUUCUAUUUCGAUUAAAGCGACGCCUUUAAUGGCUAUUUACUG